UCCACUUUCUACAUCGACUGCCAAGCCGUCCUCGCCAAGACAGACAACAAUAAAACAAUAACAGCAGCGGCAAUGCAUACCGUGGAACUGUAGACAGGAAAUCAAUGAACAGAACACAUGCACCUCGCUGCGCCGUUGUCAAAGGGGGGUGACUGCAAUUGACAACUUUAUACUCCCAGCACUCGCUCUUCCUGAUCUCUUUAUUCGAUCACCACGACCGACUCAACCCUGGUCCGACAACAACAUGCACGUCGCCCAGAUUCCACUCCCGACCUACAACCAGGUGACAAAGCACAACCUGGCGCUGAUGCAGCCCAUGAUCAUCCAGCUGAUCAAGCAGGCCACCUUCAUUGCCCUCGACGCAGAGUUCACAGGAUUGGGGCCAAAAGUAGCUGCCACGCGGACAGCGGAUAUCCAGGAGCGAUACCAGCAUAUGUGUGCACUUGCCAAGAGUCAUGCGCUGGUCGCAUUUGGCCUGUCCAUCUUUAUCAAGACUGAACCCGCUUCCGAAUCCAAAAGUAUGGAUGGUACUGCGGCAACGGGUGGUGAAGUGAACGAUCGAGAACGUGGUUACAAGGUCCACAACUUCAACUUUUCCAUGCUGAGCGAGACGGACUACGCUGUCAGUCCCAGAAGCAUGAUCUUCCUAGCUGAGAACGGACUGGAUCUGAACCAAUGGAUCAUGGAAGGGAUACCUUACACAGGAGGUGAUCGGCUGGUCAAUGAGGGCGGACGUGGCAACCCGAACGGCAUCAUGAGAUCCAUCUUCAAGCGCAUCAUGUCACGGCAGGUCCCAGUCGCGGUGCAUAACGGAUUUCUGGACCUGGUUUUCCUCUACCAUAGUUUUUAUGCGAGUCUUCCACCAAAGUUGUCGACAUUUGUCGCUGAUCUCUCAGAUAUGUUUCCAGGAGGACUAUUUGACACAAAGUAUGUUUCCGACUACAUGACGAGGGAACGGUCGAGCUUUUUGGCAUAUCUUUUCCGAAAGUAUGAGAGAGACGAUAGCCGCGCAAGGGAAGAGACAGACCCAUCAUCAACGCAGGUUUACUCGACAUUUCACAUUCAACCGCGACUCGGAUUACCGGCGAUCCAGCAAAAGCCCAUUUCAGAGACAUCAUCGAGCGACCCCCAACUCGCGUAUUGUGAGGACUAUGCUUUUCAUGGAGUAUGCAAAAAGAACAUGUGGUGUGGGAAAUCGCAUGAUCUGGAUCUCAUUCUGGAUGCGGAGGAACAGCGGCGGGAUUCCAAAAGAAGGAAGACGCAAAAGAGAAGUCAAGAUGCGCAGGACGCAGAAAAGGUCGCGGAACCAGGCAAUGCUCAAAACAAUGUCUCCGAUAACGUCUCAGAAACAAAAAUGCCUACGCCAUCAUUGUCAACUGAAGAAACGACGGAGCUGUCAAUGCAAUCGAGUGUGGGAACAACCAAGGCAACUGCGAGGGCAGCGAAGGCGCCUGAGAAUGUGGUCCAACCUGGCGAAAAGUUUCAUUCUGCUUACUUUGACGCCUUCAUGACCGGAACGAUUUUUUCUCACCAGCUGAACCAGCACACGCCCGAGGAGGUCGAAUCGCAGGCCAAAAAUAAGGUCUAUCUCAUCGGUAAGAGUAUUCCGCUUAUUAUCGAGAAGAGUGCCUUUGCAAAGUUUAGCCUUGAACACGAACGCUCGCGAGCAUUAUGAUCCGCGUGCUAAAUAAAUGAGAGCAGUCCCGCCUCCGCAUUGUUUCCCGGGCCGUAUAAAAAACUGAUCUCAGCAAAUGUCUGAGAAAGAGGUACCCUGCCCUUGACACGGUUUUGGCUUGAUUAGGUUCUGGGUAUCCGACCGC